AUGAGUCAUGUCUCUGCAUCUUCGACUGGAACCUCUACCCGCGUAAGAGUUAGAGUUCCAGGAAUUCCAAAGUUGUGUUGGUGUGGUGAGAACCUUGAGAACAGCGACCAUGUGUUUAAGUGGGUAGAUGAGGCGAUGAUAAACGAGAUUGAACAAUUGGAUUUUCAAGUGGGUGUUCUUGAAGAAUUGUUGAAGAUGGAAAGGAACAGGAGCCUCGAGAGGAAGGAAACUAACAAAAUGAUGGGUAUGGUACUAGUCUUAUCUGGUUGUAUUAUCAUGGUCGUGAUUGGGAAAUGGUGGGGUUGCUAUUGA